AUCGCACCUCUCUCUCUGUCUCUCUCCUCUGUCCCUCUGCGUUUGCUUCGCUUUCGAUCCAGAGGGUUUUACUGGGGUUUAAGCCCAUCGUCUCCACCACCAAACCCUAGAUUGCAAUCUUAUUUGUGGUUUCUCCCGCCAGGGCUAAUUCAAUUCGAAGCUGGUCGUUGUUGGAGCGCUGUCUUCUGAGCUCGACUUUUUUCUGCUGCUCCAAUGCUCGAAGUAGAUCCAAAACCCUAGAAAUGGUCGCAAUUUAUCAGCUGUCGAAGGAAGGGUAAUCAAUGACAUGAUGAUUUAUGGGUGAGUAAUGCAAAUUUUGGGGAAUUUGUUGCAAUAAGUGGUACGUUUGGUUAUGCAGCAUCGAAUGAAGUGAUAUGAGGUGUUGAAUAUGAGCGAUGGUGGUCGGGAGAGUGAAAGAGAGCCUGAAAAACCAGCUGCUCAGAGGAAACCUAGUGGCGUUGAAUUUGCCCCAGCAAUUGCAAGGAUUGCGGUCGCACAAAUAUGCGAGAGCCAGGGGUUUCAGACUUUUCAGCAAUCUGCUCUUGAAAGACUAUCUGAUGUUGCUGUUCGGUAUAUUCGUGAUGUUGGGAAGACCGCGCAUUACCAUGCUAAUCUAGCGGGUAGAACAGAGUGCAACUUUUUUGAUAUUAUUCAAGGGUUGGAGGAUUUGGGUUUGGCACAGGGAUUUUUGGGUGCUGCAGAUAUUGAGCAUUGCCUUGCAACUUCAGGCACAGUUAGGGAAAUUGCUCAGUAUGUUGGUAAAGCUGAUCAGAUUCCAUUUGCCUAUUCUCUUCCUCAGUUUCCAGUUGUUAAAGACCGAAAGCUAACUCCAAGUUUUUUGCAAAUUGGGGAAGAACCUCCAGGUGAGCAUAUACCCACUUGGUUGCCUGCGUACCCUGAUCCCAGCACUUAUGCUCAGCCAUCUACUAGGAAUGAGACAACAACAGAACCUCCAACGGCUAAAAUGGAGCAGGAAAAUCAGCACAGAAAGGAAGAAAGGUCUUCAUUGAACUUGCAUCAACAGUUGGCUCGUAAUGGGUUGGAAGGACCCUCCUCGUUCAUUGCUGGAGAUGCUGCUAAGGCAAAAAAAGCAGCAGAAAGUAACCCAUUUCUUGCUGCACCUCUACAAUUUGGUGAGAAGGAGGUGUCUCCUGUUGUUCUUCCAGCUAAGGCUAAGCUUUCAAAUGAAGCAACUAUGGGAAUUUCUAUUAUGGAAAAUCAUGGAAUGGAUAACCAUAUGUCAGUAUUAGAGGCGUUUGUUCCAGAUAUUGAAGCAAUGAAGAGCAGAUUAUGUGAUUCUAAUGAGGGACCGAAAAAGGUUCUUCUGAAUAGCAGGCAAACCGUGCAAUUUAAAAUCGGUAUUGGAAAGAAGUCCUUAGGUACAAUGCUAGAUUUGAGCCCAGAGAACAAAAGUUUUGAGGUAACUGCACCCUGGUUUGGCAGGGAAAAUGAGAAGGACGACAAGAAGAGGAGGGCUGAAAAAAUUAUGAAAGAAUCUAUGGGAAACGCAAUGGAACUUGAUCAUUUGUAAAUUAGGCUUGUUUGAUUAGAAUUUGUAUACUUGUUUAGGAGACUGGCAGCAGCAGAUGGUUCCAGGGUAGAUGUAGUCAAAGAGCAUAAUGUUGUCUGCAUAGGGCAUUAUAGUUUGGAUAUUACAAACUGCCAGAUGGAAAUGUUCCCACUUUAACAAGUUUUUGAGGUAUGUGCAUGUCAGUUGCCAUGGUAGACCCAGUGAAUGAUUCUUUCUAAUUAAAAUUCUUUUUCUUUGCGUA